AAUACGUUGUGAUACGUUGCCGUUGGCGUACCAAGGCAAACAUUGAGUGUAAGGUUAAGUUUAUAUUUGCCGGCUGCAUAAUUUAAGAGUAAUUUAAGGAUUUCGAUAGUUUUCGUGACUUUGUAUUACUGGAUAAUGUAAAGGGCUAAAUACUUCAUUUUGUCCUACUUCUCUGACAUUGUUGAGCUAAUUAAAUUUGUAUACAAAGUAAAAACCAAAAUAAAGAAAGAUGUUCAAUCAAAGUGCGGCGUUAGGAACUGGCACUACGAACACUGCAAAUCCUAUGAAAGACUUUGAGGUUGUGUCGCCACCGGACGACUCGGUUUCAAGUUUGGCUUUCAGUCCAGCGUCUAUUCCACAGAAUUUUCUUGUCGCCGGUUCCUGGGAUUGCAAUGUACGCUGCUGGGAAGUUGAACAGACAGGAAAAACUGUCCCUAAGUCGAUGAAUUCGAUGGCUGGUCCUAUACUUGAUGUCUGCUGGCACGACGAUGGAACAAAAGUAUUUAUGGCCUCGUGUGACAAGAUGGUAAAAUGUUGGGACUUAGCCUCGAAUCAGAGCGUUCAGGUGGCUCAGCACGAUGCGCCAGUCAAAACUUGUCAUUGGGUUAAAGGCACCAAUUAUUCUUGCCUUAUGACAGGCUCUUGGGACAAAACAUUAAAGUUUUGGGAUACUCGAAGCCCAAAUCCUAUGAUGACCAUUAAUUUACCUGAGAGAUGCUAUUGUGCCGAUGUUGACUAUCCGAUGGCAGUGGUGGGAACAGCCAGUCGAGGCUUAAUCGUAUACCAACUAGAAGGGACACCUCAGGAAUAUAAACGCAUGGAUUCUCCGUUGAAACAUCAGCAUCGAUGCAUUGCUAUUUUUAGGGAUAAGAAAAAAGGUCCCACAGGAUAUGCCCUCGGAAGUGUUGAAGGGCGGGUAGCCAUUCAAUAUGUGAACCCGGGUAAUCCGAAGGAUAACUUUACAUUCAAAUGUCAUCGAUCAAAUGGUGCACCAAAUGGAUAUCAAGAUAUAUAUGCAGUAAAUGACAUAGCAUUUCAUCCUGUACACGGUACAUUAGCAACUGUUGGAAGUGAUGGUACUUUUAGUUUUUGGGAUAAAGAUGCACGCACCAAGCUAAAGCCAUCGGAACCCAUGGAACAAUCAAUUACUCGUUGCUGUUUCAAUCGCAAUGGUCAAAUUUUCGCAUAUUCCGUUUCUUACGAUUGGUCAAAGGGUCACGAAUACAACAACCCCUUAAAGAAAAAUUACAUCUUCCUAAGGUCCUGCUACGACGAGCUCAAAUCCCGGAGCACUUCAUAAAUUUCAGUUCCCCACCAACAUUGUAAUUAGCACAAAUACCUAUAACAUUCAAAACAGCCGAGAAACAUUAUCUCAUUGGAAAAUGCAGAAUCAUAUUUUUGACGAUGUAUUUCUCCAGUGGUGGUGUAGACGUUAAACCGUAUUAUAGGCUACUGUUUUUUGUAACAAUUUCGUAAACGUCAUAACAUAAUUAAAAUUACUGUAAUUAGGAAUAAACUCGCCGUUGGAAAUGUAGCUUGUAGAGCUUAGGAUAAAUAAAACUUUAUUUUAUAUUAAU